ACUAGGCAACCCUGUCUUGCGUAAACGUUUUGUGAAUAAAAUAAGAAAGAAAUUGAAAAUAUAAGUAGUAAAAAGGGGGAUAAGGCGGAGUUUGCAAAAGUUUUUGGUAAAUAAUAUUUGACCAUUUAGAGAGAUUAAUUUAAUUGCGAAUAUUAUGUCGUCCAUUAUAACGCGCAAGGAUGCGGAUGCCGACGAAAGCGAUGAGACCGAACAGAAAUUGGCCAAGAAGCGGGCAGCGACGGCGUCGGCAACUGCUGACAUAGAAGCGCCCAAGAAAUCUCGUUUUGAUGUCAAGGAAAAGAAUGGCAAGAGCAACAACAAUAGCAAUCCAUUUGACCUGUUGCCACCGACUCUGCCAAUGCCGGCGAGCGGUGGCGCCUCAUCCUUAAGUUCCACGCAAAUCAAACUGAUGAUGGCGCAUGCUCAGCGUGAGAUCGAGGAACGCAAACGCGCCCUAAGCAAUCUACGCGAUAAGGAUCCGCUGUUGGCGUCACUUCCUCAGAUCGGUAUGCCCGUCGCGUUGGCCACACAAGCACUGACCAAAAAACCCACAAACGAAGAUGUCGACAAGGCCAAGAAGAUAGCCGAACUCCAGGCGCAAAUUCGAGCCAAGUUGACCGGGAAUUUGGCCAGUUUAAUACAACCCGCCGCUGCUGUGGCUGAACGACCCAAGCCUCUCAUUCUGGACGAGGAAGGACGCACUGUGGACAAGAGCGGUAGAGCCAUCAAUAUACCCACUGUGACGCCCACACUGAAAGCCAAUAUCCGGGCUAAGAAACGUGAAGUAUUUCAGCGUCAAACGGGCUCAACAUUGACGGGAGGUGAUCGCAACGAUGCCUCCAGCUCUGCCCAAGAUGAGGCCAUCAAAUACUUCGACGAUCGUAUUGCCCAGAAGCCAACGGUACGAAAUAAACGCACAUUACGUUUCCAUGAGCCAGGCAAAUUCCAGCAGUUGGCUGAACGAAUGCGCAUGAAGAGUCAAUUGGAGCGUUUACAAAAUGAGAUAUCCCAAAUAGCUCGCAAGACGGGUAUUUCAUCGGCCACCAAAUUGGCCUUGAUAGCACCCAAACAGGAUAUGCCCGAUGAUGUCCCAGCCAUGGAAUGGUGGGACUCGGUUGUUCUUGUACAGGAUCUGCAGACAGUGGAUGAGGCCAGCGGUAAAAUAAGCAUUCGACAUGGAGCCAUUACCAAUCUCAUUGAGCAUCCAACGCAAAUGAAGCCGCCAAAUGAACCAUUAAAGCCUGUCUACUUGCCUGUAUUCCUCACCAAAAAGGAACGCAAAAAGCUGCGCCGCCAAAAUCGUCGCGAGGCCUGGAAGGAGGAACAGGAGAAGAUUCGUUUGGGUUUGGUAGCACCGCCCGAACCAAAAUUGCGUAUAUCCAAUCUGAUGCGUGUGCUCGGCACUGAUGCUGUUCAGGAUCCUACUAAAAUCGAGGCCCACGUUCGCGAGCAAAUGGCCAAGCGCCAGAAGGCCCACGAGGAUGCCAAUAAUGCACGGAAGUUGACCAGCGAGCAGAAAAGUGAGAAAAAGCAACGUAAACUCAAAGAGGACACCAGCUGUGGGGUCCAUGUAAGCGUUUAUCGCAUACGCGACCUUCAGGAUAAUCAAAGCAAAAAAUUCAAAGUGGAAACAAAUGCCAAACAAUUGCAAAUGACCGGAAGUGUGGUGCUCUUUCGCGAUUGCUGUGUCGUUGUCGUUGAGGGUGGACCCAAGCAGCAGAAGAAAUAUCGCCGACUUAUGUUGCAUCGCAUCAAAUGGGAGGAGGAUAUGGUCAAGGGCAACGAUGGCCAGGAUGUAGCCAAUUCGUGUGUCCUCGUCUGGGAGGGCACUAGUCAACGUCGGCAUUUCGGUGAAAUCAAAUUCAAAAUCUUUCCCAUGGAAAAAAUGGCACGAGAAUUCUUCCAAAAACAUCAGGUCGAGCACUAUUGGGAUUUGGCAUACUCGGGAGCCGUACUUGAAGCCUCUACGGACCAGCAGCAGUAAUAAAAUCGACGAAUAUACAUAUAUCUAUAUAUAUAUAUAGAUGAGAAUAAGAAGGAAGACAUUUUUUGAUUUCACAUUUCGACUUGAAAAAUUGUACAUUCUCUCUUUUUGGAUAAACAAAAGAAACAAAAACUAAAAUUUU